AUGGCAGCUGCAAUGACAGUAUCAAAUAAAUCUUCUCUUCUUAAUUCAUCACCAAUAAUUAAUCCAAUAGAACCAUUUUCUCCAACUUCAUCAUCAACAACACUCUCACCUGAAUCAACCAAUUCAAUAUCAUCACCAGAUAAAUCAAUUUUAUUAAAUGAACAACAACAUCAAUCAAUUCGUCUUGUUGAUUAUUUUGUAGUUUGUGGAUUAGAUAAAUAUCUUGAUGUUGAACCUUUAUUGGAAUUACCUGUAACUGAACAAGUUUUAAAUCCAUUUCAAUGUUCAUAUCGAUGUCGUGUAUUAUGUCAUUAUCCACAUGAAGUUUCAAAUAAUUCAUUUGAUGAAGAUGCAAUUAGUCGUUUAUCAAUGCCAGAUGGUGUUUCUAUUCGAUUAAAUUCUCCUGAUCCUCCAAGAACACAUCCUUUUUUAAUAACACGUCUUGAUGGAAACCGUUAUUAUGGUGUUGCAUUAACAUUUUUUGAACAAUUAAAUAAUGAUGAUGAAAAUAAUUCUGAAUGUUCAUCAUCAUCAUCAACAGCAUUUAUAUCUUUAAAUCAUUUAAUUGAAAAUUAUAAUCGAACAUGUCGACAUCAACGUCGUUCAUCAUCAUUAAUUUAUGCAAGCAAAGCAAUUUGUUUAAUUGGUUCACAAGCACAUUAUUCAACAUUUAAACGUAUUUUAGAACUUCUUUAUCGUAUGACAAUUGAACAUGAUUUAUUAGGUUUACCAUUUGAAGCUCAUUUACAUAAUAUUUUACAUGAAUUAUAUAUACCAUCACCAUCAUUAUCACAUUCAGUUCUUAAAUUUCAUGUUGGUGAACGACAAUUAACUGUUUGGCAACCAAGUAUUCAUGAUAAUGAUUUACCAUUAUUAGAUUUUAAUUUGUUGGAUUUUUUUUCUUUAUUGGGUGUUGAAGGUGUUGUUGAUCUUGUUACAUGUGCUUUAUUAGAACAUCAAAUUAUUCUUAAAUCUUCAGAUUAUACUCGUUUAAUGCUUGUUGCUGAAUGUUUAACAUCACUGUUAUUUCCAUUUCAAUGGACACUACUUUAUGUUCCAAUAGUAUUUACUGCUGCACUUGUUUGUCUUGAUGUUCCUGUACCUGCUAUAAUGGGUCUUUGUAUAAAUAGAACAAAUGUAAAUUAUGAUGGUAAAGAUGUUGAUAAUGAUGAUAAAUAUAGUGAUACAAGUGAUGAAUUAACAUUUGAAGUUCAACGAGGUAUUGUUAAUAUUGAUACGGGACAUAUUCAAUUGCCUGAUGAUAUGCCACGUUUUCCAGAUCGUAUUUGUUUUAUAAAUGAAUUAAAUAAUAUAUUAUCUCGAUUUAAUAAUUAUAUUCAUAGUAAUUCAUCAAAAAAUUCAUAUAAAACUAAAGAAAAAUAUGGAAAUAGUGAAGAUUGGACACAUAUUGAUAAUGAAAAUUUAUUAAAAGAAUCAAAAGAUGAACCAAGUCAAGCAUUAUCAAGACUUUCAGCAAUAGCUAAACGUGCUGGAAUUGUUGUUAAUAAUAAUGAUAAUGAAAAUCUAAAAAAAGCAUCAUGUUUAUUUAAUGAAUCUGAAUUACGUCGAAUAUCAGCAAAUAAUUGUUUACGUGCAUCAUUUGUAAAUCGUUUUGCUCAAUUAUUUAGUCAAAUGGAUGCAUUUAUAUGUUAUCCACCAUUGGGUAAAUAUUCAAAUGUCGAUCAAUGGUUAGCACAACGAAGUACAACAAAAAAUUUUGAGCGAACUAUGUUUAUUGCUGAUCAACCAAAACCACAUGUGCCUUUUUUACUUGCAUUUAUGGAAACACAAUCGUUUGUUUCAUUUGUUGAUUGUAAAAUAGCAGCGAAAUUUAAUGAAGAUAAUCAUCUUUUUGGUUUAACGAAUAAACAUUUACAAUAUUUUUCUGAUCGUAUUCGUUUAUAUCGUGAUCGUCGUGAUUUAAGUUAUCAAUGUUGUCCAUCAAUUGAUUCAAUUGAUGAAGAAACUCGUCGUUGUUUUACUUCACCUUUUCCAUCUUCAUUAGUUAUAAUGAAUGCAUCUUCAGUUCGUCCACUUGAUAAUUUAUUUUCUACAUCGAAUAAUUCUUAUUUAUUUGAAAAUCUUAAUGGAAAUUUACUUGAAUCAACAACAUCUAUAGAUAUAUCUUUAUCAAGUGAAAUUCCAAAAAGAACUUCGUCUUUAUCACGAUCAUUUCAAACAAAACAUCCAAAACGACGUAUUACAAGAAUGAAAAAACAACAAACAGUUGAUUCACAUGAACAUUCACAAACUGUUGUUCUUGUUGAAAAUGAUGUGGUUUUUCAACAAUUACUUAAAGAAUGUACUACUAAAACAAAACGAAUGGUUAUUGAAAAAAUGGAAGAUGUUGUUGAAGGUUCAUCAGCAAUAAAAAAUAUUGAUUCAUCAUCAAUGGUUAAUUUAGAAGAAAAUGUUUUAAUAGCAGGUUUUUGUGAUUUACUUGAACGUACUUGGUCUCAUGGUCUUCAUCAUAAACCAAAUGGAAAAUCUGCUUUAUGGAGUCAUAUUAAAUAUUAUAAUAAACUUCAAGAUUACGAAUCAGUACAAGUAUCUCAUACCGGUCUUCCAGAAAUAUUGCAUAAAGAUGAAAAUCCAGCUCUUAUUUGGUGUCUAAUGAGAAAACAAUUAGUAAAUCGUAGUGCAUCAAAUAGUCGAUCACAAUCUCCCAGUGGUCAUCGUUCUCAUACUCUUCCACGUUCUCAAAUGAGCUUACAUCAAGCACGUUCAUCACCUCUAUUAGCAACAGCAAGUUCAACAUUAAAUUUAAUUUCAUCUGAUAAUAUGAUGAAAUCUAAUCAAAUAAAUACAUCUCUAGCUCAUGAUUUUCAUUCUAUUGAAUUAUGUUUUGGACACAAUCCAGUAUCUGUUUCAGCAUCUGAAAUUGGUUUUGUUCGUGCAUUUGUUCGUUUAGCACUUGAACGUCGUCUUUUAUCACAUCAUUUAUCUGAAUUAUGUUCUCAUAGUGAUCUAUUACAAUCUUUAUAUAAGCGUGAAGCUUUUUUACGUGUCGAUGAUGGAGAUUUAAGAAAACAAUUUUUAGCUCAUAUUGAAUCUCUUCAAUUACUUGAUUAUCAAUGUUUUUCAAAUUCUUAUCCCGAUAUUGAUAUUAUUUAUCAUGUUAUUAUUGUUCCUACGAAAGCACGUACAACAGGAAUUACUAGUACAACAACUGCUAAUCCAUAUAUUGCAUUAGCUGGUAUUUUAGGAUCAACAAAAGUUCUACCAUUACCAUCAAAAAAUGCACUUGAAAUUAGAUUCAAACACAAAAAUUUGGGUCAAUUAACAACACUUCGAAUAGGUCAUGAUAAUAGUGGUUUAAUGCCUCGAUGGAAUAUUGAUUAUAUUCUUGUUCGAAAUCAAUUAACGAAUAAUGUUUAUCGAUUCCCAUGUGGACGAUGGUUAGGUAAAGGUGUUGAUGAUGAUAGUUUGGAGCGACUUCUUUUUGUUGAUUCGACAUAUUCAUUUGAAAUGAAUGAUAAUGAUAAUAAUAGUAAUGGUUUAUUCGAUUCUGGUUCACCAUUUCAAUUAAUGACAACAAGUUAUAUAAGUGGUGGAUCUCAAGCUAAUUUAUCAUCUUCAAUACGAUCUCGAUCACCUAGUUUACGACGUGCCAGUGAGCAAAAUUUUGUCAUCAGUUGGCUUUCGGAAAAUUUCUAUCGUCAAAAUCAAUCAAAUCACCAAGGUGAUGAUAUUUAUGAAUUAUUGGGUCGAUCAAUUAAUCAAUUAGUUAAAUAUUUUGAUGAACCUGAAAAAAAAAGAGGAUUAAUAACACCAAUUUUAUGUGGUGAAGAUGGUCUUGUUAAUGCAUUAGAAAAAACUCUUUCCUAUGGUUUGAAAAAAUCAACUGGUAAUGUUCCAUUUUUUGGUAGUGGACGAAAACGAUAUGUUUGGGAUUUCUUAAUUAAAGUUUGUGAUGAAUAUGAUGGUCGUCGAUCUCAAUGGCAACGUACGAAAUUAGAAAAGACUAUUAUUUGUUAUAUAAAUGGAGUUCGAUCAAUUGAAAAAGGUCUUGCUACAUUUGGUAAAGAUGGUCGCUUUCAAAGUUGGUGUUGUUUAGCUUGCAAACUUCAUUUAUUAUCAGAUUGGUUUCAAUUAUUAAGUCAAUGUAGUGAUGCAUGUCUACAACAGUUCUAUGAUCCAUUAAAUAAUUGUUUUCGACAAGAAAAACUUAAUCAAUUUAUUAUCAAUAUUUUAGAGCCUGUUAAAGAUUUUGAUUUCGCUCAUUUGGAACCGGCAUUACUCAAAGGACUUGCUGGUGUUUAA